CUCCUUCCCCCUGGUCUCCGCGGCCCUGGCCUCUCUCUAGCCACGCGUCACCUCUGCUGGAGAGCCAUGCAGCUGCCUCCCUUCGACAUGUGGAAGGACUACUUCAACCUGAGCCAGGUGGUGUUGGCGCUGAUCCAGAGUGGGGGGCAGAGGCCAGAGGCCCCAGGGACCGGGGAGCCGAGACCUGGGCCCCCGCUGGAGCAGGCUCAGGGUCCGGGAGGGCCCGGGGCCAGCGGAGGCCUGGCCACCUUGUGCAAUUUCUGCAAGCACAAUGGGGAAUCGCGUCACGUCUACUCGUCACACCAGCUGAAGACCCCAGACGGCGUGGUGAUGUGCCCCAUCCUGCGGCAUUACGUGUGUCCCCUGUGCGGGGCCACCGGCGGCCAGGCACACACGCUCAAGUACUGCCCACUCAACGGUGGCCAGCAGUCUCUCUACCGCCGCAGCGGGCGCAACUCGGCCGGCCGCAAGGUCAAGCGCUGAGGACUGUGAGGUGCCCGCCCCCCACCCCCUCCUGGUUCAGUCCCUGCCAAGUCCCAGGGCCCUCCUCCUGACUCCCCCCGCCCUCUGGAACUCCUGGCCCCCCAGAAGGACAUCCCUGCUGGAUCCUGAAACAACAGAGGCUGUUAGGGGGCCAAGCCAGCCCUGCCCCUGGGACGUCUCGGCCACGGGGGUUCUGUCCUGGGGGUGUCUGUGGAUUCUUGGUGCAGCAGGACCACUGCCUCUUGGGACCGCAUGGCCUCGUGGCCCUUUGUGCGCCACCGUUCAUGGAUCUUUACUCCUCCUGGGGCUGCUGGUGACGCUAGCCCUGCCCCCCUCGACUUCUCAGCCCUCUGGUUCCAUUCCUCGUGGGUUCUCGCAUCCAUGGACCUAGGGGACACCGUGUGCUCUCCCAGGCCAGCCCUCAGAAUCUGGAGAGAGUGAACAAGACUGGUUUGGACACUCCCCACCCCCCCCCAAGAACAUUCCAGAUGGGAUUCUGACUCGAGACCAGCCUUGUCCACCUUCUUCAGCCACCUGUAGAGCCACCGGUGCCUCAUGGACCUCCCUGGACUGUUCCUUCCCUGGCCCAGCAGCCCAUCCAUCAUCAGGAGCUGGGGGAAGGAGGGGACACAGGGGGGGCACCCUGUCUUCGAAGGCUUAUCUGGGAGUGGAGAACCUUGUGGUGUGCUGACACCUUUCACCCCCCCCCCCACACCUUCUUGUUCAUUCCAUUUCACAGCACUCAACCCCCACCUGCAAAUCACCAAUGGGUGUUUUCCCCCAGCCCAAGGGCGUCUCUCCACUGCCUCCCACCCUUCAAAUCCUGCUAGUUUGCUAAAUGUCUUUUUUUUCUCCUGUUUUUUUUCAUCCUCCAACACUUAAGUCAACAAGCUCCCCGAGAAGCAUGGGGUUUUAAAAGUGCCCAGAAGGGAAAGGCAGGUGCCUAGAUUUUAUGUUAGGGGCGAAGUAAAGAAAGAGCCCAGGUCAGGUUUUAAGUUGCGUGGUUUUUGGCUCCUGGCUGGGGCCCUGGGGGGUUGAGCUCUAGCGAAUAAAGAGCGUUUCUGGUUGUCUUUGAAA